CAGUGGAAGAUGCCAAACUCUCAUCUCAUCUGAUCUCUCAUCAAACUAUGUUCUUCUUCCCCCCCUCUCUCUCUCUACACUACUUCACCUCACUUUCUCUGUCUAAAAUUCCCUAAUUCUCUCUCUCUCUCUCCCUCUCUCCCAAUAGACCCAACAAUGGAAAACUCACUAAAAUUCCAAGAAAACCGAAACCCAUCUCUCUUACCCACCCCAAAUAGCCAUGGUACACCCAGUUCAAGCAGUAGCACCAGCAGCGAUGGACUCCAUCAUCAACCAUUACCACCACUACAAGCACCCACCACAGCCCUACCCAUCACCAGAUCCGAACCCAACAACCCGUACCCAACAACCUUCGUCCAAGCAGACACCACCUCCUUCAAGCAAGUUGUUCAGAUGCUCACCGGAUCCUCAGAAACCGCCAAGGUCGCCGCUGCCGCCACCGCUGUGUCCAGAACCGACCCACCAAGAAACCACCCUAUUCCACCCAUCAAAACCGGACCCAGGAAAGAUAAAGCUUCAAAACUCUACGAGAGAAGAAACAGUCUCAAGAACUUCAAGAUUAGCCCUUUAAUCCCCGGAGUCCUGAACAAUUCCGGGUUUUCAGGGGGGUAUUCGAAUUCCCCUCGAAAACCCGGAACGCCUGAGAUUUUGUCACCGAGUAUUCUUGAUUUUCCAUCUCUGGUUCUCAGCCCGGUUACUCCUCUGAUACCCGACCCGUUUAACAGGUCUCCACACACUGGUGUUAUUGGAAAUAAUUUGGAUUUGGAAGCUGAGGACAAAGCGAUUGCCAAAAAGGGUUUUUUCUUCCAUCCAUCUCCAGCGAAUACUCCGAGGGAUUCGGAGCCCCGACUCUUGCCCUUGUUCCCAGUUUCAUCUCCUAGAGUUUCAGGUUCUUCUAAUUCAUUUUCUUGAAUUAGGGUUUUAUUUAUUUUUUUUGCCUGUAUGAUUAUAUAACUAAGUUUAUAUGUAAUAUGGAAUCAAUGAGGCUGUUACGAUCAUAUAGUUCCGAGCUUUAAUCCCUCACAAGUCCUGAACUUUUUGGAUUAAUGAUGCAGUUCGUAACAAUUGAUAUCAGAGCAAACACCAUGUUAUGAGUUCGGUUCGGGACGGCCUAUAGAUUAGAUUAAAAUGUUUAGUAUUCUAUAUGAAUAUACUGCGUUCACGGUGAAUACUGGUAGGUGAGCGAAGCCGCACUAUAGUUAUAAAAUCUAAUCCUACAAGUUUUGAAGCUUUUGAAUUAACGGUUGGGUUGAUAACAUUGGCAAAUGUAAUGUUACAUGUCAUAAUGGGCUGUUUGGGAUGAG